GUCAUGGAUGUAUCCCGUUUAAAUGUCCGUCGCAUGUCAUGAAAUUUAAACAGGUUUGAGCGGGUUUUUGUUAACGAGGCAAGCGGGGGAAAGUUGACAAUUCUGCCAACUGACAUGCGUUUCCACAUUGUUAUCGCAGCUGUGUUUUGUUGUGGUUUCGCAGACUCGCGGAAAAUAAGAGGGAUAUCCUCGUCGUACAAACGCUUCUACAGAGAGAGGAAAUCCUUCCUGUGUAUCGAUGGCUCCAAAAUCAUCCCGUUUGAGCAGGUGAACGAUGACUACUGCGACUGUGAUGAUGGCUCUGAUGAACCAGGAACAUCAGCCUGUCCUCGUGGCCGAUUCUACUGCACCAAUCUGGGUUUUCGACCACACUACAUACCGUCAUCUCGAGUCAAUGAUGGCAUCUGUGAUUGCUGCGAUGCCUCAGAUGAAUACAACAGCCAUGCUCACUGCCAGAACACUUGCUGGAAUCUGGGACAGAGAGAGAGAGCGUAUGUGGAGGGCCAGAUGAGGACCUUGGACGAGGGUUUGCAACUCAAGCAGCAACUGAUUGAGGAAGGAGUGCUGCUCUGGAGGGAGAAGCAGGCCCAACUCCGAGAGCUUCAGCAGGCAGCCGAGGACCUCCAGAUCAAACUUGAGGAACACAGGCGGAGGAAGAAUGAGGCAGAGCAAACAUUAAAGGCACUGGAAGCGGGCGACAGUGGUCUCAGACAUCACAACAACACCAUAACCAGCAUGUUCCAGUUACUGGACAGCAAUAAAGAUGCCAGAAUAACAGUGGAUGAACUUCAGGCAAAAGUGACAGUCAUCCAUGAUGAGGGGCGGCUUCUCUCUGAGGAUGAAGCAGUGGCUUUGUUGGGAGGAGCCCAUCAGAUGGAUCUCACAAAGUUUCGACACACACUUUGGGACAUCCUGACAAAAGGAGACCGUGUCAAGAUCAAAGACACACAUGGCUCAGAAGACAGUACUGUCGGUGAAGAUUCUCAUUUAAAGGCUGCUGACAGAGCUGCAAAGUGGGAGGCUACCAAUCUGAAGAAAGUAGAAGAAGCCUAUGAUACAGUCAACAUGGAAAUAAGUGAUCUGCAGAAGAAGCUUGCCAUCGACUACGGAACAGAUUGGGAGUUUCUGUUUUUGAACAGCCAGUGUUACAAGCUGAAAGUAUAUGAGUACACUUAUACCCUGUGCCCCUUCAAUCAAGUCACACAAGAGAACACUGCAGGAACACAGGUCUCAUUAGGGAUGUGGGGGAUGUGGGCAGGAGCACCAAAGAAUCAUUACAGUCAGAUGGUGUAUGAAAAUGGAGAGCCCUGCUGGCAAGGAGGAUCACGCAGUGCCACAGUCACACUGACAUGCGGAACAGAGACAGCCUUGCGAUCGGUGAAGGAGCCCAGCAAAUGCCAGUACAUCAUGGACUUUCAGACUCCUGUGGCCUGUCAGCCAGUGCUAAAGCAACGGGGCAUACACAGUGAACUGUGACCCCUCCCUCAACUGGCCUAGCCUAGAUUAACCUAGCUGCCCCCAACCGUUCCCCAAACGUCUACCCUGCGAUGACAGGCUAGGGUCCUGAGGGUCCCCUCUGACAUCUGUUACCAGAACAUUUACUUCCAACAAAGUCUUGCUAAGGUCAUAAUGUGAUUUUUAGUAACUCUGUUCUUCCACUUUAGUUUUCAUUGUUACAAUGCAGCUUUAUUUCUACUAUGUCUUAGUAUUGAAAGGCUGCAUGAGUUAGUGAAGGUAUAUACAUAUAUAUAAGGGUUUAAUUCUCAGCAAUAUGACAAUACAAUUAUUAUGUAUUUAUUGAAUAAAUAACAGAUCAGUUGCAUUGCAAUCUGCCAUUAUCACUUUAAGUGAUUAUUGUGUCAAGUUGAUGUUUUUUUAUAAGCACAAAUGGAAGAACUGCAGACUUGUACCUUAUUAUAGUGGAUACUCUUGUCUGUUGAUAUUCAGUAUUUUUCUAUUGCCAAUACAUCAAUGAAGAAGAAAAAAACUAAAACCAACAAUGAUUUGAUCAUCUAUUAUUAUAAAUACACAUUUAGCCAAGGCUUGAUGACAGCCAUCACCCAACAGAAUCAUGCAUUUUGUCAAAGUUAUCUACUAAGUUUCUUGUUCUUUCAUUAUGAUGAACAUUAGGGCGGCGUUUAAGUCUGUGGUGACCUCCUCCCUGCAGCUGUAAAUACUAAACAACAUCAAAUGAUUACAAAUAUGCAGCUGAUAAUAGUCCCCAGCAAAUGGUUCACCUACUCCUCUUUUAGUAACAUUUGCCAAAAACCACAAUAUCCAGCUGUUUUGGGAAAUCUGGCCCCAUUUUAAAAUGUAACAUGUGUCAUAUUUGUGACCUGUUUUUAAAGGUUUACAUCUUCAGCUCUGGAACCAGUGGGCCUGGGACUACACAGUGCUACAGUCUGAGUAAGAACGCCACACCACACUGUAGGAGAAAAGAGACAAACGGAUGCAUUGUUGGUUUAGUUUUUUUUUUUAAAUCUGUUUUUAAAUAUAGGAUAAAUUAAGCUCAGCAUUGUCCUUUACAUACUGUUUCCACUGCAGCCCUUAAAGCCGGGUUAGGCAGUGUAAUGUAAAUGGAUUUAUCUGAAAACUGAUGGAGUCGUUUGCCGCUCAUCUAUCCUCUGUUUCAAGCCUUUGGGAAAUCUGGCCCAUAAGAGGAGACAUUGACCAAUCCCAGCUCAGUUAUUGUACCAAGAAGCUGUCUGUAUACUGCCCUCCACUGCAAAGCUGCCUAAAAAAAACAGUUUGACAAUAGAUGCAAUAAAAAGACAUCAAUAUCAGCAGAGCUUUUCAGAGGUGAGACAUUCCCUCUGGGUCAUACAGUAUUUUAUGUAUGAAGCACAUGUCUGUCCACGCUCAUCUGGUGAGAGGGACUCAUGACAGAGAGCUGCAGUCCCAAAAAUGUUUGAAGUUAAAUGUAUUAUUUUGACAACUUGAUGAUGAGAUUGAGUGAACUAUUUUUCUAUUCAUCCUGCCGACCGCAGCUUUACGGCUUAACAACAAUACAACUGUAUGUACUGUAGAUAGUCAAAGAAAUAAAAUGACAUUUCUGCAAAUGUAA